AUGUCCGGAAAAUGUCAAAAUCGUCCGGAAAGUGUACCAAAACAUGGUAAAUUCCGGAUAUCGCGUCGUGAUGUCUUGAUAUGGUCCGGAAUUUAUACCGAAACAUGGGUUGAAUUAGAAAAUUAG